AUGACAGACGCUGUAGCUUCGUCCCCCAGCAAGCUAGAACAAGUGGAUUUGGUUAAUGCCAACAUUUUGGCCGCUGGUGCCAACAAGAAGUCCGUGCGUGUGGUCAAUGGCCUCGGGUCGUUGAUGGGCUCCAAGGACAUGGUGGACAUGGACUUCAAGAACGACUCCAACAUGGACUACCUGCUGAAGCGCGACCAAGAGGAAAAGGAGCGCUACCGCACCAAAAAGCACAUCUCCGAACAGCCUUGGACCGUCAACAACUGGCACCAGCACAUCAACUGGCUGAAUAUGGUGCUUGUGGUUGGUAUACCGCUCGUGGGCUGGUACUACGCGCUAUCGGGCCGCGUGCCUCUAUCAUCCAACCUCUUCUGGUUCUCGGUCUUCUACUACGUUCUGGGCGGUGUUUCUAUCACGGCUGGCUACCACAGACUGUGGGCCCAUCGUGCUUACUCGGCGCGCUGGCCCCUGCGGUUGUUCUUCGCAGUCUUUGGUGCCGCCUCCGUUGAAGGUUCCAUCAAAUGGUGGGGACACUCUCACAGAGUCCACCACCGUUACACCGACACCUCUCGUGACCCUUACGAUGCUCGCCGUGGUUUGUGGUACUCUCACAUGGGCUGGAUGUUGACCCAGCCAAACCCAAAAUACCGUGCCCGCGCCGAUAUCGACGAUUUGACCAAUGACUGGAUUGUCAGAUUCCAACACAGACACUACAUUCCAAUCAUGUUGCUAAGUGCUUUUGUUGUUCCAGCCCUUUUGUCCAAGUUUUUCUUCAACGAUUUGGCGGGCGGGUUUGUCUAUGCUGGUAUCAUUAGAGUGUUCUGCAUUCAACAAGCCACGUUUUGCAUCAACUCUCUAGCGCAUUACUUGGGUACCCAACCUUUUGACGACAGGAGAACUCCUCGUGACAACUGGAUCACCGCUUUGGUCACUUUCGGAGAGGGUUACCACAACUUCCACCACGAAUUCCCAACCGACUACAGAAACGCUAUUAAGUGGUAUCAAUACGAUCCUACCAAGGUUUUUAUUUAUUUGAACUCUUUGAUGGGUCUAGCUUUCAACUUGAAGAAGUUCUCUCAGAAUGCCAUCCAGCAAGGCCUGGUACAGCAACAACAAAAAAAGAUAGAUCGUCAGCGUUCUUCUCUAAACUGGGGUACUCCGCUCACCCAGCUACCUGUGUGGGACAAGUCUCAGUUUAUGGAGACCGUGAAAACCAACCCUGGUCUGGUUAUCAUCUCUGGUAUUGUCCACGACGUUUCCAAUUACAUUACCGAGCAUCCAGGUGGCGAGACCUUGAUCCAAGCUGCUUUGGGUAAGGAUGCCACCAAGGCAUUUAAUGGUGGUGUGUAUCUUCAUUCUAAUGCUGCCCAUAAUGUCUUGGCUACGAUGAGGGUUGCAGUGGUGAAAGAGGGUGUUGAUGCUGCGACGAAAUUUGCGGCUAGGAGAGGUGAGUCCUUAGAGGGUAAGAAAUUGGUAUGA